GGAGACGACAACAUGGCGGAGGAGUGAGUUCUGAGCGUUGGUCCGGGUCCGGAGAAGCGGCGCGAGUAGCCACUCCCAACUGAGACCUGGACCUGGCGAGAACUCCUGGCUCAGCCAGAGCACACGAUGGUGUUCCGGGCAGCUCCAAGCCCGGUGGUGAGGCCCAGGGGCAGUGGGGACUACCCCACGGGCUCCGGCGUGUCCUGCCCAAGCACCAGCACCGCCGCCUUCCCCACCGGCAAUAGCAGCAGUGCAGCCACGAGCGCCUGCGCCAGCAGCAACCUCAGUGCCCGGCCUGCCAGCUCUGCCCACAUCCGGGUGUGCUUCCCGAAGAAGCAGGACAAAGUGAAGAAGAGGGUCGUCUGGGGCAUUGAGGUGACCGAGGAGCUGCAGUGGAAAGGCUGGGAGCUGGGGAAGGAGACCACGAGGAAUCUGCUUCUGAAAAAUCUGUCCUUGAAAAUCCAGAAGAUGAAGUACAGGCCUCCCAAGACCAAGUUCUUCUUCACGCUUAUCCCUCAGCCCAUCUUCCUGAGCCCAGGCAUAACCUUCACGCUCCCCAUUGUCUUCCGGCCUCUAGAGAAGAAGGAGCACACGGACCAGCUGUGGUUUGAGAAAGAAGAGGGGAUGUUCUGUGUGGGCCUCAGGGCCACGCUGCCUUGCCACAAGCUGGUCUGCCCUCCAUGCCUGCAGCUGCCCCUGUGUGCCGUGGGGGACACAGCCGAGGCCUGGUUCUGCCUGGACAAUGUGGGGGAUCUGCCCACCUUCUUCACCUGGGAGUCCCCCAGCCCUUUCCAGAUGCUGCCCGCCACGGGGCUGCUGGAGCCGGGCCUGGCCUGUCGGAUCAAGGUGACCUUUCAGCCGCUCAUAGCUGUCAUCCGCGAGGUUCAGGCCACGUGCUGGUACGGGGAGCACAGCAGGCAGAAGAGCAGCAUCCAGCUGCGGGCUGUGGCCAAAUGUGCCCAGCUGCUGGUGAGCAUAAAGCGUAAGCAGCCCGAGGACCAGGAUGCCGAGGGCUUCCAGAAAGUGCUGCACUUCGGCUCUGUCGCCGUGGGCUGCACCGCCGAGAGGCAGAUCAGGCUGUAUAACCCAUCAGCGGUGAAUGCCCCCUUCAGGAUUGAAGUGGCCCCCGACAUGCUGGCCAAAGACCAGGUCUUCUCGUGCCCCACAACCCACGGUGUCGUGCCCCCAGGAGAGAAGAAAUGUGUGUCGCUGUUCUUCCAGCCUGAGACCUUGGACGUCAGAACUAUGGACUACGUCUCCAUCAUGCCUUCCGGCUGUGCCUCCCAAACACUGCUCAAAGUUGUGGGUUUCUGCAAAGGUCCUGCCGUGUCCCUGCAGCACUCCUGUGUCAACUUCAGCUGGGUCCACCUAGGGGGGCGCAAGGAGCAGCUGCUGUGGAUCGAGAACCGGUGGGACUGCACGGCCCACUUCCAGUUUGCCUUCGACUGCCAGGAGAGCGUCUUCAGCAUCAGGCCAGCCUUCGGGACGCUGGUGGGCAAGACCCGCAUGACCCUUCUCUGUGUCUUCCAGCCUACUCAGCCCAUCACCUGCUUUCGGAGGGUGGCCUGUCUCAUCCACCACCAGGACCCGCUGUUCUUGGACCUGAUCGGGACCUGCCACUCGGACAGCAUCAAGCCAGCCAUCCUGAAGCCUCAGCACCUCACCUGGUACCGCACGCACCUGGCUCGGGGCCUGACGCUCUACCCGCCCCACAUCCUGUGCGCCAUGCUGAAGGAGAGGAAGCUAGAGCAGGAUAAGAACGGGGCACUCAUGAUUCCCACGGAGGACCUAGACGACACAAACACCCCACAGUACCCCUCCAUCCCUCCCAUGGCGGAGUACUUCCUUGAUGGCACCAGCAACGUGGCCAUCUUCCCCCCACCUGUCAGUAUAGAGCCUAUCGAGGUGGAUUUCGGUGCCUGUCCCGGGCCCGAGGCCCCCAACCCUAUCCCCCUGUGCCUGACGAACCACACCAAGGGCAAGAUCACCGUGGUCUGGACACGCAGGUUGGACUGCCCCUUCUGGGUGACCCCGGACACCUGUGACGUGCCCCCACUCAAGUCCAUGGCCCUGCGCCUGCACUUCCAGCCGCCUUACCCAAACUUACUCUACGCUGUGGAGCUCGAAGCCUUCGCUGUGUAUAAGGUCCUGCAGAACUACACUAAUGUGGAGGAGGACUGUACCGUGUGUCCAUCCUGGUGCCUGACGCUGCGGGUGCGAGGCCACAGCUAUCGUGCUACCUACGAGCACCACAUCCCCCAGUAUUCUCUGGAUGUCCCCAAGCUAUUUCCAGCAGUGUCCCCCCGUGCACCCUCCUACCGCAGCCUGCUCUUGGUCAACAAAGGCUCCAUGCUGAUGACCUUCAACCUGGCUCCCAGCAGCACCUCGGACAUCACCCUGCGGCCCGCCUCAGGCCUCAUAGCCCCGGGGGCCCACCAGAUCCUCCUCAUUUCUACCUACCCCAAGGGCAACUCCUGGAAGCAGCACAUCUUCCACCUGCAGUUCAAUUUCUGCCCCCAGUAUCUCAAGGAGGUGACCAUGCUGAGCCGAGUGGAGCCGGUGCAGCUGAAGCUGGACACCAACAAAAGCAUCUUCUUCAAGCCCACCUGGGUGGGCUGCUGCUCCACCAGUCCCUUCGCCCUCCACAACCCUACGCGCCUGCCCCUGAAGUUUGAGUGGAGGGUCACCCAGCUGUACCGGAAGAUGCUGGCCGUGCAGCCCUCCCAGGGGCUCAUCCAGCCCAAUGAGAUCCUUACAGUGACAUGGACCUUCAGUCCUUUGGAGGAGACCAAGUACCUGUUCCGAGUGGGACUGUGGGUCUGGGAAGCCAGCUUGCCCUCCAGCUCCAGGCCCCCGGCCACCACCCACUACAUGCUCCGGCUGGUGGGCGUGGGCAUCACCAGCAGCCUCUCUACGAGGGACAAGGAGCUGGACUUCGGGAACGUGCUGGUGAACAGCACGCAGACCUGGCCCCUGGUGCUCCGGAACGAUGGCAACUGCACCCUCCACUACUGCCUGUUCUUGCAGCAGCGCAGCCCCGAGCUCACGGAGAGCGAAGCCCCCGCUCUGCAGCUGGACCGGAUGGAGGGGAGCAUGCCGCCGCGGUCCCAAGAUGCCAUCUGCCUGACUGCCCGUCCAAAGCGCCGGUGCCAGUACUCCUGGACCAUCAGCUACUGUCUCCUUUCUCGUAGAGAUAACAAGGUCGGGGGGCGGCAGCAGCUGUGUGGCGUCUCCCUGACGGCUGUGUACCCCUUACUCUCCGCCCCGGACAUCUGCUCCAUGGGCAGCGCCAAGGGCAUCUCCCGAAAGCAUCUGUGGCACCUCUUCUCCCUGGACUUGCUCAAUGCCUACUUGGGGCGUGACCCCACCCCCUGGGAGCUCACCUACAAGGUGCCCACCAGGCACAGCACGAGUCAGAUCCCCCCUGUCUUCACCCCUUUGAAGCUGGACUUCAAUUUUGGGGCAGCACCACUCAUGUCCCCACCCUCCAUAGUGCUCCUGGUCCUGAAGAACAGUGGGGUGGUGCCCCUGGACUGGGCCUUCCUCUUUCCAAGUGACCAGCAGAUUGACCUGGAGCUGUGGGCAGAGCAGGCCGAAUUUGACUGCACCGAGCUCCACCAGAUGCGUGUGCAGGACAAUUGCAUCUUCUCCAUCAGCCCCAAGACCGGAAGCCUAAGCCCUGGGCAGGGGCAGAUGGUGGAGUUCAAAUACAGCCACCUGUUCGUCGGCACCGAUCGCCUCCCAGUGCUCUUCAAGGUGUCCCAUGGCCGGGAGAUCCUGCUGAAUUUCAUAGGCGUGACAGUAAAGCUGGAGCAGAAGUAUGUGCAUUUCACCUCCACCAGCCACCAGUUCGUUCCUGUCCCCAUUGGCGACACACUGCCCCCACGGCAGAUUUACGAGCUGUAUAACGGUGGCUCCGUGCCGGUGACAUACGAGAUCCAGACGGAUGUCCUGUUGCAAAUUCAGGAAAAAAAUUUCAGCCACCCCAUCUUCAGCUGCCUCAAUCCUAAAGGGGAGAUCCAGCCAGGCUCCACUGCACGGGUCUUCUGGAUCUUCUCACCCAUCGAGGCCAAGACCUACACGGUGGACGUGCCCAUACACAUCCUGGAGUGGAAUUCAGCCCUCAUCCACUUCCAGGGAGUGGGCUAUGACCCCCACAUCAUGGGGGACACAGCCCCAUUCCACAACAUCUCCUCGUGGGACAACAGCUCCGUACACUCUAGGCUGAUAAUUCCUGGACAGAAAGUCUUCCUGUCCCAGUCUCAUAUCUCCCUGGGGAACAUCCCCGUGCAGAGCAAGUGCAGCCGCCUGCUGUUCCUCAAUAACGUCUCCAAGAGUGAGGCAAUUGUCUUUGCCUGGCAGCCAAGGCCUCUAGAUUUUGGGGAGGUGUCUGUGAGUCCCAUGACAGGAGAGGUGGCUCCUGAAGAUACAGUCCCAUUUGUGGUGACCUUGAAGGCUUCCGUGCAUGCCAGCUUCUACAGUGUGGACCUGGUAUGCAAGGUAUACCGGCAGGAGCUGAUGAGGCAGUACCACAAGGAGCUGCAGGAAUGGAAGGAUGAGAAGUUGCGGCAGGAAGUGGAGUUCACUAUCACAGACAGAGAAGUAAAGAAAAGAGCAUACUGCACAGCUUGUGAGUCUACGAGGAAGUACAAGACACUACCCCCCAUCAAGAAUGAGCAGUCUACCAAGCGGCCCGCCAGCUGGAACCUGCAGAUCCCAAAGAAGGAGAAAACCUGGCCACGCCCAGAGCCGCCCCUGCCAGACAUGCUCGGCCUUGGCCUCACUGCUCGAGCCCACGCCACUGACUACUUCCUUGCCAACUUCUUCUCAGAGUUUCCCUGUCACUUCUUGCACCGGGAGCUGCCAAAGAGGAAGGUCCCUGGAGAUGAGGAGGCUGUUGAGGAUGAAUCCCCUAAGAUCAGGAGAGCCCCCGACUCCAGGUGGGAGAAGGAGCUGCUAGUGGACUGUCUCACCACCAUCAUCAGGGGCCUUCUGGAAGACAAGAACUUCCAUGAAGCCGUGGACCAAAGCCUGGUGGAGCAGGUGCCGUAUUUCUGCCAGUUCUGGAACGAGCAGUCGGCCAGGUUCAUGGCCCAGAAGAGCAGCCUGUACUUCAUGCCAAUCCUCUCUCCAUCCUCCAGCAGCGGGGAGGGGGAGACAGGCAAGGAGCAAGAGGAGCACAGGCUGAGGCUGGGGAAGAAGAAACCGAGAGAGGAGGAGGAGAAGGGUGAAGAGGAGGAGGAGGAUGAAGAGGAGGAGGAGGACGAAGAGGAGAAGGGCGAAGAGGAGGAGAAGGGCGAAGAGGAAGAGCUGGAAGAAGAGGAGGAAGAGGGAGGAGAAACGGAAGAUGAUGAGGAGUUUGGCAAGGAGGAGCUCGAGGAGGAGGAUAUAAAGGAGCAGGAAGUGAAGUCGACCUGGAUAAGGAGUGAGCCCUUGGUGCAGUCCAGGUCCCAGGAGUCCCUGAAAUGGCAGUGGCAGCAGCGGCUGAAAGACUUGGUGAAAGAGGAUCAAGAACAGGACGAGAAGGAAGCCAUUGGAAGGCUUUCGGCCUUUGCCAACCUGCAGGAGGCGCUGCUGGAGAACAUGAUCCGGAACAUCCUGGUGGAGGCGAGCCGCGGGGAGGUGGUGCUCACUUCAAGGCCGCGCGUCAUCGCCCUGCCGCCGCUCACCAUACCCAGCAUACUGAGCCCCAGCUAGCUGUUGCCGACGCAGCAGACCGAGGCCCAGCGCGCGACCGCGCCUAUUGCCAGCUCCUGGGUGCCGAUGCCCAGCCGCUCCAGCAUGCCGCCCAUUUCCCCACUGC